AAAGUACAAUAAAACAAUACUGACUCAAAUAACACAAAUAGUAUAUGAAACGGGCCAGAAAGCUAGUUUUGUUCAAAUCGAUUAAGAUCGAAUCAGUUGGGUCAGUUGAUAAACCUAACAAAAACAUACGGAAAAAAAAACACACACAGAAGUAGGUCUGCUUCUUUCCCUCUCAGUUUCCAAUUGACGCCCACUCCACUUCCUCCAUUGAGGCCAACUUCUAAUAUCUCUAUCUUCCAUUGAAGCAGCUUCUGAGACCACAAUUUCUUGGUGGCGGUAUAAGGAUGGUGAAGUCUCAAUCUUCCGGAAACAGCUCAUGACUUUAGGGUUGUACUCUUCCCGGUAUUGCUUGAGAAAUUUGAUUAGCAGACUUCAAUUCUCUCAAAGUUUCUGCAAGACUUCUUCAAACAUGGCUGAGGGUGGUAAAAGCUUUGUUCGGAGGGAUCGUCUGCUUGAUAUUGAGUCAAAGGUCCAUAUGUGGUGGGACCAAAAUAAUGUAUUUGUAGCUGAGCCUGGUGAGAAGCCUCCUGGAGAUGGAGAGAAAUUUUUUGGGAACUUCCCAUUUCCAUAUAUGAAUGGAUAUUUGCAUCUUGGACAUGCAUUUUCAAUUUCCAAGGUAGAAUUUGCUGCAGCUUACCAUAGAUUGAGAGGAGCCAAUGUACUCUUUCCUUUUGGUUUCCACUGCACCGGCAUGCCCAUUAAGGCUGCAGCGGAUAAACUUAAAAGAGAAAUUCAAUUGUUUGGAGAUCCACCUGAGUUUCCUUCGGCAGUGGAGGAAGAAGUUAGCCAGCCAUCAGAACAAGAGGAUGCAAAUGCAGGAUCACAGCCAUUCAGGGGUAAGAAGUCAAAGGUUGCAGCCAAAACUGGCACCAGUCUGUAUCAGUGGGAGAUCAUGCGAAGUUUUGGCCUUUCCGACGAAGAAAUUUCAAAGUUUCAGGAUCCAUAUGAAUGGCUGACCUAUUUUCCGCCCUUGGCAGUUGAAGACCUUAAAGCUUUUGGCUUGGGUGUUGACUGGAGGCGCUCUUUUGUCACCACAGAUAUUAAUCCAUACUUUGAUUCUUUUGUGAGGUGGCAAAUGAGGAAGCUCAAAGCAGCUGGUAAGAUUGUGAAAGAUAAAAGAUAUGCUAUCUUUUCUCCACUAGAUGGACAACCAUGUGCAGACCAUGACAGGGCUUCUGGUGAAGGGGUCCAGCCCCAAGAAUACACAAUAAUAAAGAUGGAAGUUGUUCCACCGUUUCCUGCAAAAUUGAGCGCUUUAGAGGGGAGGAAAGUAUAUCUGGCUGCUGCAACAUUGAGGCCAGAGACCAUGUAUGGUCAAACAAAUGCGUGGGUAUUGCCUGAAGGUAAAUAUGGGGCCUUUGAAAUUAAUGAGACUGACCUUUAUGUAGUCACAGAGAGGGCAGCUCUUAAUCUUGCAUAUCAGAACUACUCAAGGGUCCCAGAGAAGCCAACAUGCUUGGUAGAGCUUACUGGUCAUGACUUGAUUGGUUUGCCUUUGAAAUCUCCGCUUGCUCAAAAUGAGAUCAUUUACACACUUCCCAUGCGAACUAUCUUGACAGAUAAAGGAACUGGGAUAGUAACCAGUGUCCCUAGUGACGCCCCUGAUGACUAUAUGGCCCUGCAUGACUUAAAGGCAAAACCAGCUCUGCGGGCGAAAUUUGGUGUAAAAGAUGAAUGGAUACUUCCUUUUGAGAUCAUACCCAUUAUUGAUAUCCCUGAAUUCGGUGAUAAGCCGGCUGAGAAGGUCUGCACUGAUUUGAAGAUCAAGAGCCAAAACGAAAAGGACAAGCUCGCAGAAGCGAAGCGAUUAACUUAUUUGAAGGGUUUCACUGAAGGGACAAUGCUUGUUGGUGAAUUUGCUGGGGAGAAGGUCCAGGAUGCCAAGCCAAAAGUAAGACGUAAGCUUUUAGAAGCAGGUGAAGCCAUUAUGUAUAGUGAGCCUGAGAAAAAGGUCAUGUCUAGAUCAGGCGACGAAUGUGUCGUGGCUUUGACAGACCAGUGGUACAUCACAUAUGGUGAGCCUGAAUGGAAGGAGCUAGCCAAGGAGUGCUUGGAUAACAUGAAUUGCUACUCGGACGAGACACGUCAUGGUUUUGAACACACCUUGAGUUGGCUAAAUCAAUGGGCCUGCUCAAGGUCAUUUGGCCUUGGGACUCGUAUCCCUUGGGACGAGCAGUACCUUGUAGAGUCCCUCUCUGAUUCAACUAUAUACAUGGCUUAUUAUACUGUUGUUCAUUUUCUGCAAAAUGGAGAAAUGUAUGGAUCUAAUAUCAGUUUGAUAAAGCCGGAACAAAUGUCUGAUGAUGUCUGGGAUUUCCUGUUUUGUGGUGGUCCGUAUCCAGAUUCAUCAGAUAUUGAUUCAAAUGUGCUUAACUCAAUGAAGCAGGAGUUUGAAUAUUGGUAUCCUUUUGAUCUUCGUGUGUCUGGCAAAGACCUUAUUCAGAACCAUCUGACAUUUAGUAUCUAUAAUCACACAGCACUAAUGGACAAGCGCCACUGGCCUCGUGGGUUCAGAUGCAACGGACACAUUUUACUGAAUGCUGAGAAGAUGUCCAAGUCCACUGGGAACUUCAGGACUCUGCGCCAGGCCAUCGAAGAGUUCUCCGCAGAUGCCACACGUUUUGCUCUUGCUGAUGCUGGUGAUGGUGUUGAUGAUGCAAAUUUUGUAUUUGAAACUGCAAAUGCAGCGAUUUUGCGUCUCACAAAAGAGAUUGCAUGGAUGGAAGAAAUUCUUGCUGCUGAUGAAGCUCUUAGAUCGGGUGAGCCUUCUUCUUAUGCUGACCGGGUGUUCGAAAAUGAGAUUAAUCUUGCAAUAAAGCUGACUGAGCAAAACUACCAGAACUAUAUGUUCCGAGAUGCUCUUAAGACUGGGUUUUAUGACUUGCAAGCUGCUAGGGAUGAAUAUAGGUUCUCUUGUGGGGCUGGUGGCAUGAACAGGGUUUUAGUGCAGCGUUUUAUGGAUAUUCAGACACGACUUAUUACCCCUAUCUGCCCACAUUAUGGGGAGUAUGUUUGGAGAGAACUUUUGAAGAAGGAAGGCUUUGUAAUAAAAGCUGGCUGGCCUGUUGCCGAGGCACCUGAUUUAGCCCUUAAGAGUGCCAACAAAUAUUUGCAGGAUUCGAUAGUGCUAAUGAGAAAGCUCCUCCAGAAGCAAAUUAUGGGUUCAAAGAAGGGUGGCAAGAAAGGAGUCCCUGUUCAACAGCUUACAGAAGACAAGCAAUUAACUGGUUUAAUUUAUGUAAACGAAACAUAUGAUGGCUGGAAGGAAGAGUGCUUGAAAAUACUUCAAAGCAAAUUUGAUUCAAGAACUUGCACCUUUGCUCCAGACAGUGAAAUUAUGGGGGCACUGCAGACGAGUGAGAUUGGGAAGGCUUCCAAUUUCAAGCAAAUCCAGAAGCAAUGCAUGCCAUUCUUGAGGUUCAAGAAGGAUGAAACUCUUGCUCUAGGCCCCCAAGCCUUGGAGUUGAAGCUUCCUUUUGGUGAGAUGAAGGUCCUUUCAGAGAAUUUGAAUUUGAUUAAGAGGCAGCUUGCACUCGAGCAGGUGGAGAUUCUGUCGUAUCAAGAUGAGGAUGCUUGUGCCAAGGCUGGUCCUCUUACAUCUGUUCUAAAACAAAAUCCUCCAUCUCCUGGUAAUCCUACUGCCAUCUUCUUGACAAACUUAUGAAGCUGAAUUUUCUGUGGUUUUUGUUUAGGCAUUUUUGUUACGAAUUUUGACUUUAUCUUCUGUAUUAAAUUCUUGAAAGCACAUUGUUUUAUCUUGAGUUCUUAUGAAGUUUAGUUUAGUUCCAGUGAUCGAACUUGCC